GCAGCAGCUGAGGAACCGUGGAUUUCAUAUUACAGACUAAAACCCCAGUGAAACUGCUCAAAAUCCUUCUGCAGCUGCCAGGCAACGACGAGAGAGAGUUAAAUCCUGCUCUUUUCCAAUACAAUCGGAGCACUCCAUUCUAGCUCUGGCUGCUUUACGUUGCAGCUCAGGGUUCUUAGUAGAAAUAUGGAUACUGAGAAGAGAAUAGAGCACUGCAUUGUCCGGCCAGGAAGACAGCAGAUGUAAAAAGCUUCAAUGCAUCAACUGUCGGGAAGAGUCGACAGUGCUCCAAACAGAACGAACCACCACCACAGCUCUUUUGUUUAAAGAAAGAGAAAAUGAAAGAAAGGAAAAACCUCAGAAGAUUAGGACCCAUAUGAACAAGGAAGGGAACGCGAAGACAAGCAGACAGAUGGACACUUUGGACACUGUGAAAAGCAAUCGCAGGAGGCAGACUGUUGGGGGAGGUGUGCGUGUUUGAUAGCAUCUUUUUGCUGGAGCGAUGGCGUGCCAAAAGUAUCUUCAGUGGGCAUAAUCCUCGCCACAUAAAUGGCCUGACCAAGGAAGGAGGGGCCAAUGGAAACAUGCCAAGCAGUGUACUGUGACUAACAGAACUCUGCCAUAAUCAACCUUGCACCGUCUGUCCCACAACUGAUACAUGACCAUUUUACAAAAAAGGCCGCUGACUGUGCACCAUACCACCAAUGAAUGACUGCGAGGGAGACGACGUGACCGAAUUAGAAAAUGACUACCAAAGAACAGUAUUGAUUCAGGAGAAGGACACGUUCCCCAGCCACCAGUGUCUCUCAUCCAUUACUGGAUAUUUACAACAUGCUUCAGUGGAGGAGGAGACACUGCUGCUUUGCAAAGAUGAGCUGGAAUGCCAAGAGGUCCCUGUUUCGGACCCAUCUUAUUGGUGUACUUUCUCUCGUGUUUCUUUUUGCUAUGUUUCUGUUUUUCAAUCAUCAUGACUGGCUGCCGGGCAGAGCUGGAUUCAAAGAAAACCCUGUGACAUACACUUUCCGUGGAUUUCGUUCUACAAAAAGUGAGACAAACCACAGCUCUCUUCGGAACAUCUGGAAAGAAACUGUCCCUCAGACCCUGAGGCCUCAAACAGCAACUGACCCCAACAACACGGAUCUGUCAGUGCAAGGAGUUACAGGGCUGGAGAACACGCUUGGUGCCAACGGAAGCAUUUACAAUGAGAAAGGUACUGGACACCCAAAUGGUUACCAUUUCAAAUACAUCAUCAAUGAACCUGAAAAGUGCCAGGAGAAAAGCCCCUUUUUAAUACUACUUAUCGCUGCGGAACCUGGACAAACAGAAGCCAGACGAGCUAUUCGGCAAACUUGGGGCAAUGAGAGUCUAGCACCUGGUAUUCAAAUCACAAGGAUUUUUCUUUUAGGCGUAAGUAUUAAAUCAAGUGGCUACCUUCAACGUGCAAUAUUGGAAGAAAGCAGACAGUACCACGAUAUUAUCCAACAGGAUUACUUAGAUACAUACUACAAUCUGACCAUUAAAACACUCAUGGGCAUGAACUGGGUUGCAACAUACUGUCCGCGGAUUCCUUAUGUAAUGAAAACUGACAGUGACAUGUUUGUCAAUACCGAGUAUUUAAUACAUAAGUUAUUGAAGCCAGACCUGCCUCCUAGACAUAACUAUUUUACUGGUUACCUAAUGAGGGGAUAUGCACCCAAUCGAAACAAAGACAGCAAGUGGUACAUGCCACCAGACCUCUACCCUAGUGAACGCUAUCCUGUCUUCUGUUCCGGGACUGGCUAUGUUUUUUCUGGAGAUCUGGCAGAGAAGGUGUUUAAAGCUUCUUUAAGCAUCCGCCGCUUGCACUUGGAAGACGUGUAUGUGGGGAUCUGUCUCGCCAAGCUGAGAAUCGAUCCUGUGCCCCCUCCCAAUGAGUUUGUGUUCAAUCACUGGCGAGUUUCUUACUCAAGCUGUAAAUACAGCCACCUAAUUACCUCUCAUCAGUUCCAGCCUAGUGAACUGAUAAAAUACUGGAACCAUUUACAACAAAAUAAGCACAACGCUUGUGCCAACGCAGCAAAAGAAAAGGCAGGCAGGUAUCGCCACCGUAAACUACAUUAGAAAAGACUUUUUUUUCCCCCAAAACGUGCAGCCUGUAAAAUACUGCUCAACGCAUGUGUAGCUAACAUGAUUGUGAUUACAUCCACAGGAGCAAGUUUUAGUUAGAACCCAUCACAUAAAGGAAUCCAAAAACAUUGUUUUUAAUUUCUGAAGAAGGUAAUUCUUAAAAAUACAUUAUAUAACAAAAAAGUAUCCCAAAACAACCUAUUAAAAAAUCUACUUAAAAAAUCCACAUAGGGGGAUUCUGUGUAUUAACAUGCAAUAACAGGCAUGCAUACAUCAAUGGUUCGAAUCUUACGUUAGGGGCCAAGAGGAUGUAUCUGCAUGUUUUCCACGUAAAUUUUAAUUUAAGAAAAUGGAGAUGGUCAAAAGACUCUUCAUUUUAGAUUUAGUUUUCCAUUUCAAUAUAUGUAAAUAAAACAUUACUGUCAAUUUUAAGCAAACUUUAUAAUUGUGCAAAGGACAAAUUUUCUGACCUCUUCUAGAGUUCUAAAAACCAUAUUCCAUGCAAUAAGAUUUAGUUGCGGUAUUCCAUAAACAUAGUUAUAAAGUUCAGAGGUUUCAGCAAUGAAGUUCUCAUCUAAGUAUUCACUUUUUAAAAACAACUGAGAUGUUCAUUUUCUUUUAUCAGUACUCACAUUUAUUGGGGGAAAUUAUUUUGACAUGACGUGAUAAAAUGUGAAAAAUUAAUGUGUCUCAGGCUCAAGUUUUUAUAAAAAAAAAAAAUUAAAUGUUCAAAACAGAAAGUUUGUUUCCUCGUUGGUGUUCAGGGCCAAGCUAGUACUUCACUGAUUUCCUCAAUCAGCCAGUUAUUGCACUCUCAAGGAGCCUCACCACUUAACUUCAAGCAUAUCUGAAAAAAAUCUAUCCUUCUCCUCUAACUGAGGCAACCGUGAUUACUUUUAGGCACAAACAGAAUGCACUGUUGAAAACAGAUAAAGGGUAAAGGGUGCAGCAGCAGUUUCAUUCAAUACAUUUUAAGAUGCAUGUCUGCCAAACCACAACAUAUGGGAAGUUUAUUUCCUGACAGCAGGUGUACACAUGCCGAUACUUCAUCAUUUUAUGGCACCUUCUUCGUUCUCUGAGUGCCAAGUUUACAAACCUGCAGUUUUUAAUUUGGUGGGUGACAAAUAUCCUGUUCCACCAAUUAAAAACUUUCGGGGAGGGAUGGGGGAAAAACUACAAAUGUUUGAUGAAACACUUGAUUCUAGGAUGAACAAUGUAUACAAUGCACUUUUACCAAGUUUUUAAUAAAAAGGGUAAACAAAAAACCUUCA